AUGUUGCGGGUGUGUGAGAAACUCCGUGAGGCGGACGAUAAGGGCAGGAGGUACGGACUAGCCCGGGCGGAGACAGGCUACCUCCGUGCCCUGGUGAACGCCAUGGCCGACACGGACAGGCUGGCGGAAGUGGAGCUGCUCAAAACUCUGGGAGACGUGAACGUGGAGAAGGGAAGACUCGGGAAGGACGUGGGGAAGUUCAACACAGCCUUGGCGCUUUACAUUGCUGCUAUGGUACGGUGUUACCAUGAAGAACAGGCAGAUGGCAUAGAACACCGCUACCACUACACGGAGAGGCUUUUACAAGGGGUGUCCUCCUACCGCAGGUACAUCCAGACGGCAGACCGUGACUUGGGAAAAGGACACCUGGACGCAGCAGAGACGAACCUAGAAGAUGCCCUGAAGCUGGUUCACGAUCGCAGCAAACCCAACAAGGCUAAAGAAGCCGACUGUCUGUGCAGGUUGGGUGACGUCUACGUCGAGCGAGGUAAGCGGACAGGAGAAGGUAGGAAAUUCACACAGGCGGCAGCUCUGUAUAACGCCUCCAUGGCCAGAACAGAUGGAGACAAACAAAACAUGGUAACAAAACUGCAAGAAACAGAAAGGCAGUUUCUUAGAAACACCUGUAACCUAGACUGUGAACCGUGUCCGUAUAGCAGCGCGUUAAAUCACAGAAAGGAAGUGGACAACUCGCGCGCCCGUGCAAAAUCUCAGCUCGAAGCAAUUCAUCAGGAACACAACCCUUAUCAGUAUGAUGAAGACGAUCCCGUCGUGAGAGAAGUAGAGAUCAAACGAGCUGAAGCAAUCAAGAACUUGUUCAAGAGCAUCGCAGCUGAAAGACGAGAGUUUAUCCAAGUACUGACAGAUGAAUGUAUUGCCAAGCUCGGACCUCCUCCCUGUAAGUACGCUUUCAUCGGGAUGGGGUCACAGGCCACAGAACUGGUGACGCCGUACUCCGACCUGGAGUUCGCCAUUCUGAUUGAGGAGGGGAAGGAUGAUGAUGAUGAUGAUACACGGAGGUACUUCCUAAAUCUCACACACUACUUACAUCUGAAAGUCAUCAACCUAGGGGAAACCAUCCUCCCAGCCAUGGCCAUCCCGUCGCUCAACGACUUUCUCUCAGAAGACCCAGAGAAAGAUUGGUUCUUUGACUCCGUCACACCUCGCGGCUUCGCCUUCGACGGCUUCAUGCCAUGGGCUUCUAAGACUCCGUUUGGAAGAGAAGAAACGAAAAGCAAACCUUCCGUUAGUCUCAUCCAGACUCCCGCCAAGUUGGCCGAAUAUCAGCAUCUGCACAUCGCCCUGGCAGAAGGCUAUCACCUGUCAGACAUCCUCAGACGGGUGACCUACUUAACAGGAGACGAGUCUUUGGUAGAUGAGUAUGUGGACAGAGUCAAUAAAACCUUAGACCGUUCCCCUGUACUGUCACGGUUGUCAGUUUCAUUUGAAGAUGACAUUCGGCAAAUAGAAAAGCUUGAGCCAACGGGACAAGUUAUGAAUGUCAAGAAAGAAAUCUACCGUUUUCCCAGCGUGGCCGUUGAUGUGUUGAGUAUUUGCUGCGGUAUUACGAUCCCCAGUGUGUGGAGAACGAUAGAAGAGUUACACAAGACACAGCGGAUCAGUCACGAAGAUGCCCACCACUUGACUGUACUGAUCAGCAUCUCAGCGGAGCUACGGUUAAGAACGUACAUUGCCAACGAAGGACAGAAGGACAAAACAACGCCACAUCCCGGCAUUCCCAAAUCACUAAACAACAUUGGGAGCUGUUGGAAUAAGCUUGGCGAUCACAGGAAAGCUAUCAGUUAUUACGGACAGUCACUAAAGAUGAUGAAAGCUAUCUAUGGCGAAACAACGCCACACCCCGAAAUUGCUGGAUCACUAAACAACAUUGGGACAUGUUGGAAUAAGCUUGGCGAUCACAGGAAAGCUAUCAGUUACUACGGACAGUCACUAAAGAUGAUGAAAGCUAUCUAUGGCGAAACAAUGCCACAUCCCAGCAUUGCUUUAUCACUUAACAACAUUGGGAUCUGUUGGGAAGAAGUCGGUGAUUACAGAACGGCCAUGAGGUAUUACGAACAGUCAUUGGACUUGAUGAAAGCUAUCUACGGGGACGACACGUCACAUCCCAAUAUAGCAAUAGUACUGAAGAACAUUAGAUUAUGUAAAAAUGCCCUCCACAAUUAGAGAAAAGCCGCUAAUUAUUACACAUCGCGACUCUAGCUAACUAUGGAGAUACUACGGCACAUCCCUAAUCUGUCUUGCGAUAUCGUUUCAUUCUUUGAUUCUAUCUCUCAACAAUUUAGAAACUUAGUUUUUUUCUAAAAACCUUAGACAUAACGAUGUACGUCCGGAGACGCCAGCAGUUCUUUGGUCCUCCAAGGAAUGUGCAUCUUGGAACCAGACUACCUGUAAACGCUUAACACAACUAUAAUAUAGCAGAGCCAUGUGUUUCUUGUCAUUUCUUUGUAGGUGUUUACAUGA